ACCUUGACGCCGGUCUGCGCCGGAAGAGCGGCAGAGCAGAGCAGCGGGGCCCCGGUCGUUUUCUAAUGCUGGGGAGCCGGGAAGCAGGAUCCGCGGAGGGAGGGGAGGCGGCGGCCGGGCCUCCGGGGCCGCUGAGCCCGGCUGCCCGCCGGGAGGAACCGUCUCCCGGCCGUGCAGGGUGUCGUCCGUCCGGCCCGGUGGACUGGAGGCGGAGACCCGGCAGGACCUGGGCUGUGUUUGCUGCAGCCAACGCGCUGUUGUGGUUCGUGGCCUUCAGCUCUUUCCGGGUCUACAGCCUCCUAGCGUUCUUAUUGGUUCUGCUGGUUGUCACGGUGACCGCUGCCGACAUCUGCAGGUCCAGAGGCACAGGAGCUCACUUAUGGCGCAGCAUGACGUCAAGCUGGGAGAUCAUCGACUCGGGGCAGGACAGCCGGUCUGGAUCUGGACCUCAGCUCUGCUACUCCCUCAAACUCUUCCUGCAGGAGACGUCGGCUUUCAAACAACAAAACCCCGGCAAGUUUUGCCUGUUGGUUUGCAGUUUGUGCACCUUCUUCGCGGUGUUAGGACGCUACAUUCCAGGGAUUGUCAUCUCAUAUGUUCUAGUGCUGGGCUUCUUCCUGUGGCCUCUGCUGUCAUCUCAUGAAGUCGGUUUGUGGCUGGAGCCAGUUCUGCAGAAGCUGGACUUUGGCAUCGGGGAGUUCCUUCAGAAAAUCAAAGAGAAUCAUGAGAAGAGACUCCUGCAGGCUCAGACUGAGAAAGAAGGCAUCGAGUCGGACCUCUCCUCCAUGUUUCCUAAGCUGGACUCCAUGGUGUGUAAAGAAAUGUCUGUAUCGGACACAGAGGUGUCUGAGGUGACGUGGACGGACAACGGUACAUUCAACCUGUCAGAAGGACACACUCCACAGACCGAGAACUCAGAGGACCUGGACAGAGAAGAGGCAUUCACUGGUGGUCUCCCAGAAUUCCCUUCACUCGACAACGGCGCAACGACAAACGGUGACGACGACGACGACCUCAGCCUCGGCCUUCCCUCGCCUUCCCCUCAGCCCCAGCAACCAAUCAAAAGCAAGCGUAUGGCUCCUCCUCCUCAUAAAGACCAACCCUCUGACAGUGCCCUCAUGCUGGUCAACCAGAUGGCGGGCGAUGUCAUCGCUGCUGCCGUCACCGCCGCCAUACAGGAGAGGAUAGAAGCAGCUGUGGGCGGAGACCUGGAGCGGCCCCGCCCCCCAGAAUCCAGCAGGUUACUGGAGCUGGACGAAGACUCGGACAGCGAGGUGGAGGACUUUGAGCUGCUGGACCAGUCGGAGCUGGAGCAACUGGAGGGGGAGCUGGGACUGGGGGCGGGGGCGGGGGCGGGGGCGGGGGCGGGGGCGGAGAAGGUCCAGAAGGAGGGUCCAGCCCCAGGCGACAAACCAUCAACUGGGUUCCUCUCCAAACUCCUCAGACGCCACUAGUGGAAGAGACACACACUGGACAUGGGGGGGGGGGUGGAUGGAUGGAUGGAUGGAUGGGGGUCGGGGGGACUGGAGACUGAAUCAUCCCAGAUCAGACUACACAACAUCACCGCUGACACACUGAACCCGUUUACACUGAUCCAGAUUCUUUCUUGUCAUUUAAACAUUUCCAAAUGAACAUGUAUUGGUCUCAAAAAACACACCAAUAAAACACUAGUAGUCAGAGUCAUUAUAGUCAAUAUAAAAAUAUAUAAAGAUCCAUAAACAAAUAAUAAACAUACAUGACCAUAAAAGUCUGAUAACUGUUCAGAUAAUUGUAAUAAUCAGAUCGGAUGCGUUCACGUGCACUUCAGAAAUAAUGGAAACACCCGGGUUUAGACGCUUCAGUCCAUCAUCGGAUUUCUUUUGGAAUACGUACGUGUAUUACGUAUGUGUAUAAGAACGGAGGAAUCAAACAAGAGUAACAAAACUAUUAUCAGGGCCAGGGUUCACAUACAGGCCAGUAAAAUACUAUCAUAAUAACCU